AUGCUUGUGAAGCACCUACUUCGCUCGUCUGCCCCGGCGCGCGUCGUGCGCACUGUUCGUGCAGGACGGCGGGUCACAGUAUUGAAGAUUCCGGCAAGACGUUACGCGACGCAACCUCCUGAAAAGCCUUCGAGCCCGCCCGCCGUGCCGCCUGCAGAACCUACUGGUCGGGCGGGUGCCUCGCCGCUCACGCCGUUCUUGCGGCGGCAUCCAUGGGCGAUGACCGUGUUCCUCGGCUUCACGCGUCUUCUGGGGUACAGCAACCCGCGGCAGGUCGCGGCGCGGAGAUCGCUCGCACUUUACGAGACCUUAUGCGUGCCUCGAGCGGAGGAUGAGCUGGAGUUCUGGAGACGAGAAUGCGAUCUCCCUCCGACCUUCCAAUCAUGGUUUACCAUUACCAAUCUCCACGUUUGGCUCUUGACCACACGUCUUCGUGCGCUACCUAAAAGUCAAGCCGAGGCGCAUAUACAGGGUUUGAUCGACCACUUCUUUCUGGACGUCGAAGACCGAAUACGAGCCGUACUACAACCGAAGUCCUUCGAAGGAGAUGAGCCGGAACAGUCAGCUGAAGUUCCCGAGGUGGUCCCGACGAGCACCGACUCACCGUCCUCGCGGGUACCAUUGAGAGCAAGCGGUUUCUAUCACGACCCGCGAAAGCUUCAAACAGAAAACACAAAUGGGCGGAAGAGGAAGGACGCUCCUGAAAGUCUUGUUUCACGACAAAUGAAGAUCCUGCGUGAACAAUGGGCUGGCUUGGGUAUGGCCUUUGAUGUAGCGCUGAUCAAGGGCGACGCGGAAAUGGCAGGAGCGGUGUGGCGAAACCUGCUUGGCGCUCGUGGUGCCCGAGGCAUCGCUUUACCGACAACCGCGACAGGUGCCUCGCAGGAACCUGCGCCAACACGAACACAUACUCAGAGCAACUCUCCCUUGAAUGUUGCUAGCACUACGUUGACGUCGACACCAUCCGCAAAAACAUCAGAUGCAAAUUUUAGGCGGUCGAUUAACCUCGUUGGCGGAUCAACGACGGCCGUGCGCCUGGUCGACAAUGCGCCUGGUGGCGUGGACGCCGCUGAAAUGCGCGACGACGGAAGUGGUGUCCGCGAUUAUACCCCCAGCGAGGCGGACAAAUAUGUGUCCUACCCCGAGUUGAUGGCGACCAUCGUUGCGUAUAUUCGUCGCGAGGUGCACCGGCUGGAGCAGCUUUCAGACGACGAUAUCCUCGGUCAGAAGAUUAUGAAGAACGAUCGGGUCGCGGGGAGAGAGGUUGCCGUCGUCGAUGAUAGAUUGUUGUUUGGGCCUCUGAGGCAUUAG